AUGAAUUCCUAUCUGCUGAACAGAGCCCUCGGGUCUGUGAUCCCAAAUGAUUUCCAUGUCGCCCAAACCAACCGACUCGUGCACAGCAUCGAACCAGCACCAGGGAUACGCUUCUCCAGUCGCAAAACAACGGCAACAGACCAGCCCGAAGAUGAGAUCGCACCUCUGGACCAAGAACUAGGCGCAAAUGCAGAGGUCUAUGCCCACAAGUCCGGUGUCAAUUGCCUUGCUGUGGAUCAGUUUGAAGGCCGAUAUAUGAUAUCGGGAGGUGCCGACCCAUCAAUACACCUCUGGGACCUUGAGACACGAGGCUCGGAGCUCGACCACGUUCACCAGGCCUGCGCAUCCGUCAGCAAGUCGUCCCAUCCCGACGCGCAUACCCAUGCAAUUACAUCACUCUCAAUCUACCCUUUUGAUCCGGUGCCCUCGACCAUCUUUUCGACGGCACACGAUGGUGCAUUGAAGCUUUCGGCGCUUCAGGCCCCAGCAAUCACACCCGUACAUACAUUCAAUCUCGACUGUACGCCCUACUCGCAUUCGUUCUCGUCACACCCAGGGUCCACGCUACUCGUCGCAGUCGGCACAUCGGAACGAUCAGUCCGACUAGUAGACCUACGGUCCGGCCUCUCUACACAAGGCCUACCCGGGCACAAUGACGCAGUUCUAUCAGUAGCAUGGGCGCCCCACCGACCACAUCUGUUGGCAUCCAGCUCCGUCGACAACAGAGUAAUCAUAUUCGACGUCAGACGCGGAGGACACAACUCCGCCAUCGCAACCCUAGACAUGGACGACUCAGUCGGUCUGGUAGCACCAGGGACAGGGACAGCACCAGCAUCCCAGAGUCGACUAGCCUUCUCCCGAGACGCGCGCGCCCACAACGGGCCCGUCACAGGUGUGCGCUGGACCUCGAACGGCAGCCACAUCGUAACGUCGGGACAAGACGCACGGAUCAGAGUCUGGGAUGCUGGGACGGGCGCUAAUACGCUUGUUCAUUUUGGCCCUCGCGUUCGCAAUAGCUCUACGUCCCAUCUGGCGGAACGGGCGCCAUUGCUCGUUCCAAAGGGGAUCAUGAGUCCGGGGCAUGAAGCGCUGCUUUGGUCGAAUUUCAAUGAACAGGACGAUCGUGGUGAGAUCUUCAUGUUUGAGCUUCGAGAGGGUGCUUUCAUUAAGCGUCUUCGUGUGCCCGGAAUCAUGGCCGGGUCGCAGAAUAUGCGUGGACGAUCGAGUGCCCUGAGCGCUGCGCGGAUAAACGAUCUUGUCUGGCGUGGAAAUGGUGGGUCAGGCGAGGGUAUUGAAUUAUUCUCUGCGCAUGGCGAUGGGACGAUCCGCAGCUGGGCUUCUCGUGACUCGGACGGCGAACCUGACGAGGCCGAAACAGAGGCCCAGGCUGAUCGCAAAAGAAAGAGAGAUGUACUGGACGAAAUCUCCAGAGGAUUUCUGGGAACCGAACAACCCAGUCUACGAUUUUGA